AUGUGUGGUGAGGGCCGCUUGAUGGUUGCUCCUGCCGCUUACCAUGCGCAUCGCCAUCUCCCAAGGUCAGAAGUGUCUCUCGCAAUUCUUUCCAAAACAAAAAGACAACAUCACAGAGCGAGUCGUGAGGCAACUACUGCCAUGGUGCGAAUCAAGGAAGAAGACCCAAUUGAUCUUACAGAUUCUCCGCCUUUGCCAUCCAACAAGAGGUCCAGGAAUGUCCAAUUGUUGGAAGAGGCCUUUGGAAUUGGUGGUGCAGCGCACGAGAUUGAAGAGCCGUACCGCAAGCUUCCACGGCCAUACAAGCGCCCCCGAUUGUAUAGCCAUCACAUCCAAACGGUGCAGCAGCGCGACAGAUCCCGAUACUAUCAAGAUAUCGAUGAGCCAGAUAGACAUACUGAGGAUUCUCGGGCCUUAGACUACAAUGGUAUAUAUAGUCGUCGUGUUUUCAAGGGUAUUGAUGUUCUCGAAAGAACCCCUUUUGCAGACCCACGGGCAAAGGGCGAUAAUUAUGUUGGAGACAUUCGAGCUCAAAUCCAAGAGCUACAGGACUUCCUAGUACAGGAGACAGGUCAAAAAAGUAUUGCGUCCUUUCCGGAAGUAAUCAAGUCUAACACUUUCUAGGAGCAAGGUUCUCCGCCUACCGCAUAUAUGAUGAGAUUGGCGUCGAGAACCUGCACGAUCCAUUCCCGUCUGAUUACGAAAGACAGUUUCAGUGGCUUUACAGGUUUGUUGUGAAUGAGCGUUUGAUUUUGAGUCAGUAAGAAUUGCGUCGAGAACUUCUGCGUUAUUCUAAUGCUUCUUUGCAGAAACUCCUGAUACAAUUCGAUACUACCUGGACAAUCAAUUUGGCGCAGAUAAGAUUCUUGCAGAUGCAAUUCGAGGGGAAAUCGAUGGGAAAUUUGCGACCUGGAAAACUGUGAUUGAGGCAGGGAACGGGGAAAAGUCAGACGACCUCAGCGGAGUUAUGUGCCAAUAUGUCUAUGAUAUAUCUCGAUUGUCCUAUGUUGGAGAACGGGGAUUACAGCUCGCUUGGGACUUGAUCAUCUACCUCGGGACGCACACAUAUUCGAGUCUGGAAUCAGGUGGUGUUGGGUUUGGCUACCGCCCAAGUGACAUAAUCAUUGAUGGCCUGUGCUGCGAGCUGGCGAAAAGAAGGAGAGACAAGAAGAAAGGUUGGAAGCCAGUGGAUGAUUUCAAUAUCCUUUUGAAUCAUGCUACAAGCCUGUCUAUGUGCUUCUGGUCAGAUCUGACGUACCCUGGAGAGUGUGCACUAUUUCGAAAAUCCAUCGAUCUCUUGGAAUCGUAUGUUGAGGGUCGGUUGAUCUCGGGAGAAGAAAACCUUUUGCUCAAUUACGACGAUCUCUAAGCGCUGCGCCACCUAUACGUCUCCUAAUCAAGUUAACAUUUCGUGCUAAAUAUUGUCAUUAAGGCUUGUAUGGCUCCUCCCCCUUGCCUAGAAAAUGCUACAAUGGGAUUGCUACUGAUUUUUAUAGAAGAUAGCUCAGGAUGUGUAUUAUUCGCAUGUCUGGCCUCGUGGAAACUGCGGGGGAACUAGUACCGUAGCACUCGUUGAGACGGGUGCAGAGUUAUUGCUGGGGACUCCGAAAGUAAGAUGGACCACGAUUCCUUUUGCUGAGAUCUGUAUGUAUUCUUGAAAAAUGAAAAACUUGGUAUUGAAUUUGACA